GUUCUUCACAACACCGCUCUACACCGCGCGCAAACAAAAACAAAAAAAAAGUGCAAUGUCAAAAUAGUGUUUAGUUUUGAACGAAAUUUUUGUUGAAAAUAAGUUUUUAAACUGCAAAAAUUGUCGAAAACAUCUUCUGAUGGACAGCGACUUUGGCUCCGCCUGUGGCGCAGACCCCGGUGACCAGUUCUGCCGGUUAUGUUUCGGCGAUGAAGAGGUCAACGGGUCGAUGCGACGGCUGUUCCCGGAGGACGGUAGACCUGACCGGGAGAUACUCUGGAAGAUACUGGAGUGCACCACUUUGAAGUUGACGUUCGACGAUGACCACCCGGCCAAGGUUUGCGACCGGUGCGUCGAACGGAUGGACGACUUUUGCGACUACCGGAUGCAGUGUCUGCGCAACGACAAGCGGAUCAACGGCAGACGGCUGGAGCGAAAGAGAACCCGCAACGAUUCGUGCACGGAACAAACGGCGCCGGGGUCACCGCCAAAGAGGCAAGCCCACUUGCAGAGCAGCAGCACUCCGCUGGUGAUCAAGGCUUUCGUCGAGGAUCCGCUGGAUAGUUUUAGCGCCGAGUACGUCGACGAAGCCGAGUUCGAGGACGAAGACGGCGAGCAGCAGUCGUCGGCGAUCGUGAAGGAAGAGUACACGACGGCGGAUGAGGAUCGGGCGUUGCUCGAGUUCAGUCUUGGUCAUAUGGCGGACGGUGCAAACAGUGAGGAGUACGAAGAGUCGGAGAGAGAUCAACAGUCGGGACAGGGAGGAUCGGUGAAGCAGAAGAAAAAGCGAACGAAGAAGAUUCUGAUGUUUGAGGAUUACGCCUAUCUGCUGCUGUCGUCCCGACCUAAGUGUGACUCGAUCUCGUGGGCCUGCUACCACCGGAAGUCUCUGCAGUGCGGUGCAACGAUCGGAACCAAAGCCAACGGCCAGGUUCUCGGUCACAUCUUGCGAUCGCACAACCAUCCGCCGGAACAACUUACGAAAAAGGCACUCAAAGCGGUUAUCGUGCACGCGUUUCGAAUGGAAGAAGAGGUCUACCUCGAGGAUCCGUACGAAAUCGUGCGCAGUCGAAUGGGCGGAGACGUGCUGCUGUACGGCGGGGAUCGCUACACGUACUCGCACAGCCGCAAGGACGGCUGUCGCAUCUGGAAGUGCGGCGCGCACCGGCGCUGCACCGUUUCGAUCUACAUGACCGCCGAUGGGAAGCUCUUCAAGAUGUCCAACAGCGAGCACACGCUGGAGAAAAUCCUGCCACGGUUCAAAAUUGCGGAGUCGACGCCAACGACGAGCAGCAACGCCAGCAGGGCCAGUUUGAGUGACGUUUCGGCCAACAUCGAGUUGGAGUUCCCGAAUCCGGUGGGAUCGUUCAACUACAAGAUCGUCAAGAACAACAACAAGCGGGACGUGCUGAUGUACGAAGGUGAUCGGUAUCGCUUUUACUACAAGAAAACGAACGGUUGGACGGUGUGGCGGUGCACGGUUUCGAAGGCGUGCCAAGCGAUGAUCUACCAGCUGUUGGACGAAUCGGUGGCGGUGCUGGGCGAAACGGUGCACGAUCAUCUGCACACCAUUGGCGGUAAAAAGAAGAGACCGAACAGUGCGAGGAUGGUCAAUUGUCCGACGAGUGAGGAGAGCGGUUAAUAUAAAUGUUUCUACGUAA